CUACCACAACUUCUCCCUUCUUUCCUUUCCUUUCCAUUUUUAACAAAUUCGCCCGGAAAAAAGGGAACCUUUUCUACCCCGCUAUCUCCUCUAUUUUUUGCUAGAUCUCCGGCCAGGAAUGAAGUGAUUUGGGCGGUUGAAUCGAAUAUGGGAACUCUGAGAUUUCCAGGGUUGCGAGCGAACCUGAAAGUAGGUGCAUUGAUCAUAUUCGUGUCGUGGUUGUGUCUGGCGGCGCUGUACAAUCUGACAAAGCCGGUAUCCAAUGGCUGCGUCAUGACUUACAUGUAUCCUACUUAUAUUCCCAUCUCCGUGCCGGAGAAUGUGUCUUCUACCAAGUAUGGAUUGUAUCUGUACCAUGAAGGAUGGAAAAAGAUUGACUUUGAUGAGCACCUCAAGCAACUCACUGGGGUUCCUGUUCUUUUUAUUCCCGGCAAUAGCGGAAGCUACAAACAGGUGAGAUCCAUAGCUGCUGAAUCUGAGAGGGCAUAUCAAGGCGGGCCCCUUGAGAAAUCAUUUUACCAAGAAGCCUUUGGAACUCCGGGAGGCAGUGUUCACUUUGAUGGAAGGAGCAAUCCGUUGCCCAGCCAGUAUGCAUGCAUGCUUGACUGGUUUGCCGUGGACCUUGAAGGAGAACACUCGGCGAUGGAUGGUCGGAUACUUGAAGAGCACACAGAAUAUGUAGUAUCUGCCAUUCAUAGGAUCUUGGAUCACUAUAAAAAUGCUCGUGAUGCCCGAGUUAAGGAAGGUGCUAGUGUAUCUAGGAGUCUUUCAAGAAGUGUUAUAUUAGUUGGUCAUUCCAUGGGUGGUUUUGUUGCUAGAUCUGCAACUGUCCAUCCACAUCUGAGGAGAUCUGCUGUUCAAACUGUCCUGACACUUUCUACUCCACACCAGUCACCUCCUCUUGCAUUGCAGCCAUCCCUUGGUCAGUACUAUGCACAUAUUAAUAAUGAAUGGAAAAAAGGGUAUGAAGUCCAAACUUCUAGGUCUGGACGUUAUCUGGCUGAUCCGUUGCUGUCUCAUGUUGUUGUUGUCUCAAUUUCUGGUGGUUAUUAUGAUUACCAGGUGCGGUCACAAUUAGAGUCCCUUGAUGGCAUUGUCCCUCCCACCCAUGGCUUUAUGGUUAGUAGUACAUGCAUGAAGAAUGUAUGGUUGUCAAUGGAGCACCAAGUCAUAUUGUGGUGUAAUCAGCUUGUUGUGCAAGUAUCACACACACUUCUUAGUUUGAUCGAUAACGAGACUCAUCAACCCUUCAUUGAUGUACACAGAAGGCUUGCAAUUCUUACAAGGAUGCUUCAAAGUGCUAUACCUCCAAAUUUUGACUGCAUGCAGCAAACACAGUUACCCCAACAAUUAGCUCACAUCUCUUCUAGUAACGGGAAACCUAAUUAUGGCUCUGAAGGUAGCAGUUAUGCCUGUCCUAGGAGCACUCAUUGGAGUGAUGAUGGACUUGAAAGGGAUCUGUACAUUGAAACUACUACUGUGACCAUUUUGGCAAUGGAUGGAAGGAGACGUUGGCUGGAUAUUCAGAAAUUGGGUGCAAAUGGAAAAGCCCACUUUGUUUUUGUUACUAAUCUUUCUCCAUGCUCUGGGGUAAGACUACACCUUUGGCCUGAGAAAGGAACCUUGACAUCAGAUGUCUCUGUUAAUAAACGAAUUGUAGAAGUCACAUCAAAGCUGAUAAAUAUUCCUUCAGGACCCGCUCCAAGGCAGAUUGAACCGGGGAGUCAGACUGAGCAAGCACCUCCUUCUGCCAUUUUAUGGUUGCAUCCAACUGAUAUGCAUGGCUAUCGAUUCCUGACAAUAUCAGUGGCGCCUCGGCAGACUGUUUCAGGAAGACCUCCGCCGGCCACUUCCAUGGGCGUUGGACAAUUCUUUAAUUUGGAGGAAGGGAAAAUUGAAUUGUCUCCUAAAUCAGUAAUUCCUAUGAUAUACACUCAAAAGGACAUUCUGUUGAAGGAAGAUCACCCUCUAGCAAUCAAUAUUUUGUUCUCCCUUAGCUUAGGCAUUCUGCCUGUAACAUUGUCUGUCAAAACCACUGGGUGCGGGAUACAGAAGUCAGAAUUAUCAGUUGAUGAGACAGGAGACAUGGAUAUUAGCAGUCUUUGCAAGCUCCGGUGCUUCCCACCUGUAGCUUUGGCAUGGGAUGCCUCGUCUGGACUUACUGUUUUCCCUAAUUUGUACUCUGAAAUUAUUAUGGUGGAUUCCUCUCCAGGGAUCUGGAGUUCCAAACCAGGGUCAGAUAAAACAAUUGUAUUAUUGCUGGUUGACCCACACUGUUCGUAUAAAACUAGUUUUAACAUAACUGUCACAGUUGCUGCUGGAAGGUUUUUACUUUUAUAUUUCUCUCAGAUUAUUGGGUUUUCAAUUGCUGUUAUCUUUUUCGCUUUGAUGCGGCAAGCAUAUGCAUGGGAGCUUGACUUACCCAUUCCUUCACUUUUUUCAGCUGUAGAGUCAAAUUUGAGACUGCCAUUGCCUUUUAUCUCUCUAGGCCUAGUGCCUAUUUUACUAGCUUUUCUACUUUCUUACCUAUUCUCCCAGCCAAUUGCUUCAUCGAUAUUCUUCAUUAUCGUCUCAACCAUUUGCUAUUUAUUUGCAAAUGGAUUAAUAUUGGUGCUGAUAGCGAUCUCCCUGUUGGUCUUCUAUAUAGCUGCAACCAUACAUGCCUUUGUCAAAAGAAGGUGGCAAAUAUUAGAAAAAAGUGGGCGUUUUCACUUUUUUCAUUGGUUCAUGAAUCUUCCAUGUGCUGUUUUUUCAUCUAAGGUGGCGAGGAUAAUUGCAUCCAAUCCUUCACUUGUUAUUGCCAUGGUUGCCUUUCCACUUACUUGCUUCGUUCAUCCUGCAUUGGGUCUCUUUUUGUUACUUUCUUCCCAUGCUGUCGGUUGUCACAAUGCUCUCUCGAGUUUUUUACUGGCCUCAUUUCGCAGUCAUGUGCAAACCGAGGAGUUACGAGAGUUUGGUGACGAAGAAAUGAGUAAAUCUAGUCAGCCCAUUCCCAAGUUUAAUGGUGAAACGAGUAAAACUGUUCUUCCCAAAGAAAAUGUAUCCGGUGCUGCGGAGAAUGCAAAAAGCUACGCUGAAACACAGUUAGAGAUUUUUCACCACCGACAUGGCCUGCUUAUAUUGCAUUUGCUUGCAAUGUUAAUGUUUCUUCCGUCACUUGUCGCCUGGCUUCAGAGGAUUGGGGCUGGCCAAAGCUUUCCACGGGCUUUGGAUUCUGUACUCAGUAUUGGUGUUCUGCUGCACGGAAUUUGUGAUUCCAGGCCUGAGUUCAACUUCUUCUUUCCCUUUCCGGGCAUUCCAGGGUGGGAGAUAAAACAAAGCUUGGCAUAUCUUCUCGCCGGAUAUGUAUCAUAUCUUUCUGGUCUGGCCUUGGCUCCUUAUAGCACAUUUUAUGCUAUGGCUUCUGUCGGGGUUGUUUCGUUUGCUUUUAGGAUCAUACAAAGGAGGACUAGGGAGAAGGGAGAGAUAUGCCACCGUAGCAGCCGAAAGCAUUCUCAUAGACAAUAACAGGUUCUUCUGUUUAUCAUGUCAGUUCUCUCUUUGAGUUGCACAGUUGUUUACCACCUAGCUAAUGUUUGAUAUGACUAUUGUAUUU